AUUCGGAGUAAACCCCUGUCCGGUGCCCUUGUCCCUUUUAUUCGCGAAAUGAUCACGUUUGAGGUGCGCGCCUAAGAGUGAACUUCAGUCUGCGACCACGUGCUUCCGCGCGAAGCAGUGCGCCGCGUGCCCGCGACCCCCAGUGUCCGCGUGCGUCCCGUCGUUCGCGGCGUUAAUUGGUAAAUCGAUCGUUUUUACGCGCGCGUCUCGUUGCCCGGUCGAUCGUCGUUGGGCUAUCUCGACAGUCUGCGAACAGGUCCGUGUGUUCGCCGCGCUCGCGAGCCAUGUCGUACCCGCGCAAGUACUUCAAGAGGACGCCGGUCUACGUGGUGGAGGACCACGAUGAGGUCUUACCGUUCAUAUAUCGAUGUAUGGGGUCGAAGCAUCUGCCCUUCGAAGGUAACACCUUCGUACAUCUGGAUUCGCAUCCGGAUAUGCUGAUACCUAAGGAGAUGCCGGCCGAUACGGUGUGGGACAAGAAUCAAUUGUUUAGCGAGAUCAGCAUCGAGAAUUGGAUUCUGCCUGCGGUGUACGCGGGUCAUCUUAAGAACCUGAUCUGGGUGAAACCACCGUGGGCGAAUCAGAUGACCGACGGUGUACUGACUUUCCUCAUCGGCAAGCAGAAGGAGACCGGCGUGAUAAGGUGAGUUUAACCCAUAGUCUCAAUCGCAUGGUAUUGCUGUUGCAGAUCAAGAAACGAGAUUCAGAAUUCGCAUGUCGCGGAUUCACCUGUUCUCAACAGGCUGAAUAACAAAUACUGGUACGAUUUUUAUUUACAGUCAUCUUGUGUGAUUUAUCAUCUUUGAACGAAUAAUAAUAAGAAACAGUUUACGCGAGCAUAAAUUACUAGGCAUGAAACCAGAGACGUAAGGGAGACAAUUAGAUCUCGUUAUUAGACAUGUUAUUAAUUUCGUUAAAUGUAAACGUUUAAAAAAAUUAAAAAAUUUGGGCGUGAAUGCAAUUGCAAAUUAAUAUUUUAUUUCGAUGCAGUAUAAAAGUCCUACGAUCUGUUCGUAUAAACAAAUUAAUAUGCAAAGCAUUGAAGUUAAACUGUUUCUUCUAUCGCAAUAAAUCUUUAAUCAAAUUAUAUAUUCAAAUGUAAUCUCGAUAUUGCUGGUUCAUGCCCAUUCAAUUUUCACGGAUUUAUUCGGGUGGACAAGAGGAAAGACAAGAUUAUACACAAGAUAGUGCGCCGUACGAAUGUGCGCAUCGUGUGCAAUUAGCAUUUACCAGAUUAACGAAGCAAUUAGAAGCUAUCGUAUCGGUGCGUUUAAUCUUCCCUGACGACCGUGAUCGGUUGGGCUGUUCGUACACCGUAGUUCGUACAUCAUUUUAUUGGGAUACAUAGCCAUGUGAAAUACGGAAGGUUUUAAAUGCGGUUAGACGCCAAGGAUGCAGAUAAGUCAUUCCGUUUGAUUUCUGUUCUGCAAUCAAAAUGUAAAUCGUGUACUUCUGCUUUUCCGGAUAUCGCGGCAUAAAUUAUGGGCGCGUGCAUUUGCGACAGUCGGUUGUUUCAGUGUGAUAAAUGAUAAUGUUAGCCGCACCGGAAGGAAUGUUUUACCUCGCGCAAAUCGAUCUUCUAUCGCUACGCUUUGCUUCGCGAUUUAUGCGCGCUUUGGAUUCUCCCUGCAAAUGCCCGACAAAGACGCGUUACUUUGAAUUGCCGUUCUAUUACAUUGAAAUCGAAAAGUUGCUUGUUAAUUUUUAUAAAAUCAAACUCAAAUUUUACACACAUACGUAUCAAUAUCUAAAUUAAUUUUGCUGCAAGUUCAAAGAAAAUCUGUAACUUCAUCAUUUUGUGACCCAACUACCUUGAUCACAAAUUUUUAUUCACAACGCUCCAACAAUGAAUU